AUGGGAUCCAUCCCAGAAGAUCAUACCUCUCACCUCAGUGGUCCCAAUGGGGAUGUGCAUGCUUCCAUUCCGCCCAACCUGGAAGAUCUCCCCGAUCUCUACGGUUGGCCUCGAGAAAAUGAGAGGGGCUACCGCAUUCGAGAAAUGCCUUCGGAGUCUUAUAGACCCCUUCGGGUUGUCGUAUUGGGCUGCGGAGCCUCGGGGAUAUCUUUUGCGAAAUUCGCACAGGAUGAUCUGAAGAAUGUAGACUUUGUCUUGUACGAGAAGAACAGUGACGUUGGCGGAACAUGGCUAGAGAAUCGAUACCCUGGAUGUGCCUGCGAUGUUCCAAGUGUCACGUACCAGUUCACGUGGGAACCCGACACUUGGUCACAUUUCUAUUCCGAAUCUCCUGAGAUACAACGCUACUUUAGACGGGUGGCUGAAAAGUACAAUGUUUUGAAGUACACUAAGUUAAAUCAUACUGUCACGAACGCGCUCUGGGACCAAGAGAGUGGCAAGUGGAAGAUCACUGUCCGUGACGAGGUCACAAAGUUGACAUUCGUGGAUGAGUGCGAUGUUUUCAUCAAUGCCGGAGGUCCUUUAAAUCAUUGGAAUAUGCCUGAAAUCGAUGGAAUAGAACGAUUCAAAGGUGUCCUGGCGCACACUGCCAAUUACCCAGAGGGACUCGACCUCAAGGGAAAGAGGGUCGCAGUUUGUGGCAUUGGCUCCAGUGGCAUACAAGUUAUUGCUUCCAUCCAGAAGGAAGUGUCCAAAUUGUAUACUUGGAUAAGAAGUCCUACUUGGGUCCUUGGUUCAUUUGGAGCGAAGUACAUGCGAGAACCAGAUACCAAUUCAGCUUAUACUGAAGAAGAACUUCGGCUUAUGCGACAAGAUCCAACAACCUACUUGAAGUAUCGAAAGAAUAUCGAGCUAAGUAUCAGUGAAGGGUUUAGCGUGUUUUUCAAGAAUACACCAGAGGCGAAUGCCGCGAGGGAGAUUGCCACAAAGGAAAUGCGUUCGAAAUUGGCAUGUCGGCCUGCUAUUGCUGAUGCUCUGAUCCCAAAGGAUUUCCCUGUGGGAUGCAAGAGACCUACGCCUGGAAUAGGAUUCUUGGAAGCACUAUGUGCUGAAAAUGUCGUCACCUAUCCGGGCGGACAAUUGACAACCAUCACCGAAAAGGGGUUCCUCAACCCAGAUGGGCAAGAAGAAGAGGUCGAUAUCAUUAUCCUAGCUACAGGAUUCAACACUACCUGGAUCCCUCGGUUCCCGAUUAUUGCAAACUGCAAAAAUCUCCAGGAUAUGUACAAAGAGAACCCCCUAUCGUAUCUCGGUAUUGCGGCCCCAGAGAUGCCAAACUACUUUACCUACUAUGGACCUUACGGACCCCUUGGCCAAGCCAGUGCGGUAGUAAUGAUCGAGUUCUUUACACGAUAUUUCAACGCGGCGAUUCGGAAGAUUCAGGCAGAAUGGAUCAAAAGUCUAGCGCCGAGGAUGGAUGUCGCAAAGGAAUUCCAGGAACACGCCGAUCUCUACUUGAAGCGAACCGUCUGGGACUCUAACUGUCGAAGUUGGUGGAAAGGAGGCAAGGUUGAUGGGAAGAUCAUGCUUUACCCAGGAUCGCGAACUCAAUACAUGGAACUCAUUAGUAGCCCGAGAUACGAAGACUACGAUAUAAAGUACCAUGAUAUGAAUCGAUGGGCUUUCUUGGGCAAUGGAUGGUCGACCAGAGAUUAUGACGGGAGAGAUAUAACAUGGUUUUGGGGCAUGGUAAAUGGCAAGGAUAAGAAGGAAGAAUAUGAGCUAAAUUGGAACGCCUCUGCGGAAGGCUCAGAAAGCCAAUAA